GCAAGGCAGAAACCGACAUGAUGGGUAGACAUGCGAGCCAUACCUGACAUGGCCCCCUCUUCAAGUGAAGGAGGCCACGAUACAUAAUGCAGCGGCCGUGGCCUUUGGUCUCUCCCAUGUGGUAUUGUGGCUCUCCUGCAAGAUCUGUAAACUCUGAUUUCCGUGUCGAUCACACUUGAUAUCGACAACUUGAUCUGCUUGUCACGCAAGCUCUUGCUCGCCGCGACGAUGAAGUUCACCACCUGUCUCGCCGGCCUCCUGGCCGCAGUUACGCAAGUACAAGCGGCGUCUGUCUUUGCCCACUUCAUGCUCAUCAACACCAAGAACUACACUCUCAGCGAGUUCGAAGAUGACUUCAAGAUCGCCAAGGAUGCUCACAUCGACGCUUUCGCCCUCAACAUGGGCCUGACAGACCCCAACACCAACUCGUCUCUCGAGACUGCCUUCGUCGCCGCCAAGAACGUUGGAUUCCAGCUCUUUUUCUCCUUUGACUACAACGGCGGCUACCACGGGGGCAAGCCCUGGCCCAAGGAGACUAUCCUGGACAUGGCAGAAAAGUACUUCAAGCUCGACGAGUACUUCAAGUAUGCCGACAAGCCCCUCGCCUCGACGUUUGAGGGCACAGAGAACGCCGAGGAUUGGAUCGAAAUCAAGAACAAGACAGGCGCCUUCUUCAUUCCCGACUGGUCCUCUGUGUCUCCCGAGGACGCACUUGCACUAGGGAGCGGCGUUGCUGAUGGACUGUUCAGCUGGAAUGCGUGGCCAGUCGGUGACCAGGACAUGACUGACAAGAGCGACGCUGCGUAUGCUUGGGCCCUGAAGGGCAAGCCUUACAUGAUGCCCGUCUCCCCCUGGUUCUACACCAACCUCCCAGGCUACAACAAGAACUGGGUGUGGCGCGGCGAUGACCUCUGGUACGACCGCUGGAACCAGGUGAUGGAUGUGAUGCCUGCCUUCGUUCAAAUCAUCUCCUGGAACGACUACGGCGAAUCACACCACAUCGGUCCGGUCCGCACCAACGCCAUGGAGGCUUUCGAAGUUGGCGAAGCCCCCUUCAACUACGCGCUCGACCAUCCCCACGACGGCUGGCGCCACUUCCUCCCCUACCUCAUCGACAGCUACAAAGCCGCCGUGGCCCCUUCGAUCAAGGACGAAGCCCUCAUGACAUGGUACCGCGGUUCGCCCGCCCUCUCCUGCAAGGACGGCGGUACCACGGCCAACGCAGUCGCACACGACCAAGAGACCCUGACGGCAGCCCAGAUUGUCCGUGAUAAGAUUUUCUACUCGGCUCUCCUAACGUCUGCAGCAGAGGUCACUGUCUCCGUGGGUGGUAAGGCGCAGAAGGGCAAUUGGACCUCGACCCCUGACGGCGGCAAGGGCGUGUACCAUGGAAGCAUCCCCUUCCUGGGCACCGGCGACGUCGUCAUCACCAUGACCAAGUACGGGACCGAGAUCGCCAAGAUCGAUGGGCGUAAGAUUGCAAACGAAUGCCCUGGGGGCUUGACCAACUGGAACGCCUGGACGGGCAGCACGAAUGCCCUCCACGUCGACGAUCCGAGCCCGUCACCCACGCAGACUGGAGGUGGUCCCCAAUCCACAGCCAGUGAUAAUGACUCUGGGGCAUCCAACCUCUCGCAAAAUGGGUUAGUUUACGUUGUCUUCGCUCUCGUCAGCUUAGCUGUUGCUGGAGUGGUGUGAACGGGUCUGCGACUGCGAUAGCUGGGACACACCAAGAUGUCAAUAUUCGAACGUCUCUACCCCAUUGAGAAACUGCGACUACGACUGCAAGACAUCUCUUUAAGCUCAGUCAAAGCUUGCAGGCAGAUUGACGCAUAAGACUUACACAGUCUCAGACAUGGGCGUAAGUUCGUAAGUAUAGCCUUGUCAGCCCUCGUUCAUUGUGCAAAUGACUGACACAUACUUCACUAGAGCGGCUCAAUUUGGCAUUGAAUCUUCACUUCUCCUGUUCAUGUUUACUUCAAUAGGCAUAUACUGCCGCAUCGACCAUUUUAAUGCACGAGUUCAGGGACGAUAGCGUUAUGAAGCUUUAUGAUUUUCAACUGGCAAUUUUCAUGUACAAUACCAAUACCCCUCUAUAUAGAACUAGAUAGAACACACC